GCCGCCUGCCGGCGUUCGAUUUUAUUCAUUCCAGAAAAUUCUCAGUUGAUAGGUUAAAGUAAACCACGUUUUUUAAAUAUCUGUUUCUUAUAAUACUAAUCAUAAAUACAACCAUGUCGGCAGCAGCUAAACGUUUGAUUCCUCUUUUUGACCGUAUACUGAUAAAAAAAUUUGAGGCAGUAACACAAACCAAAGGUGGAAUUGUUAUUCCAGAAAAAGCACAGGGCAAAGUUCUACAAGGUACCGUUGUGGCUGUAGGUCCUGGUGCUAGAUUACAAGAUGGCACUUUUGCACCAGUAGCUGUGAAAGUAGGAGAAAAAGUUCUCUUGCCUGAAUACGGAGGCACAAAAGUCGAAUUAGAAGAAAACACAGAAUAUCAUUUGUUUAGAGAAUCAGAUAUUUUAGCGAAAGUAGAAUAACUGAACUAGUUAUGUGUUUUUUUAUAUUCCAUUAAGAUUUCUCUGUGAGAAUAAUGUAAGUCUGAAAUGUUAUGGAUAUACAUAAUUUGUAUAGAAAUCUCUUUAAAGCCAUAAAAUUUCGGGCUUAAAAAUUAGACAAUGUGUCUGGCUGAUGUUUAUUAUUUUACUGCCAGAGAUAUUGUUCAUAAUUUUAUGAAGUUCUUGUAGUAAACUUGUUUAAAAAUAUAUUUGUAUUAUGUA